CUGAAAGGAAGCUCUUGUUUUUUUUUAGUGCACUGUCUGCUGGACUGGAAAGAUGAUGGAGAACACAGGAGGGCCGUAUCUGAACACCGCUGCUGUAACAUCCCCUGUGGGAAUAGUUCGCUUGCUGCAGAUAAUGUUUGGAUGCACCACAUUCAGCCUGGUUGCCCACCAAGGGGGAUUCAGUGCAGCGUAUGGCACUUUCUGCAUGUUUGUCUGGACCUUCUGUUUUGCCGUCACUGUCUUUAUCAUAACCUGUGAGUUCACACAUCUGCACAGCUGCCUGAGCAUUUCCUGGGGAAACUUCACUGCUGCUUUUGCCAUGCUUGCCACGCUCAUGUCCGUCACGGCAGCAGUGAUCUACCCACUUUAUUUUGUCCAGCUUGGCUGUUACCCUAUCGGCUGUGAGGUGAGAGACUUUCGCAUAGCAGCCAGCGUCUUUGCCGGUCUCAUGUUCGUUGUGUAUGCCGCGGAGGUGUUCCUGACCAGGGCAAAACCGGGACAGGUCACCAGUUACAUGGCCACUGUCUCUGGGCUUCUGAAAAUCGUUCAGGCCUUCGUGGCCUGCAUCAUCUUUGGGGCGCUGGUGAACGACAGCCAGUACAGCAAAUACGUGGCGACACAGUGGUGCGUGGCUGUCUACAGCUUUUGCUUUGUGGUGACAGUGGUGGUGGUCGCCUUCAGCGUCACAGGUAAGACCGCUUUGCUCUGGUUUCCCUUCGAGCGCUCUGUGGUCGUCUACACCUUUGGGGCUGUCCUGCUAUAUGUGAGUGCGGCUGUCAUCUGGCCGGUGUUCUGCUUUGAUAGUAAGUACGGCUCCCCCCAGCGCCCCGGCCUCUGCGCCAGGGGCAAGUGCCCGUGGGACAGCCAGCUGGUGAUCGCCAUCUUCACCUAUGUCAACCUGCUGCUCUACGUCGUGGACCUGGCGUACUCCCAGCGCAUCCGCUUCGUCUCCCACCUCUGACAUCCGGGUCUGCCUCCGCGAGCUCAUCCUGGCUCCAACAACAGCAGCAAUGAGGGAAGCAGCAGGAGACAGGAUGCAGCAAAGGCAGGCACUGCCCGGGUGUGCCAGGGAGAGCCACAAACCAGACUUCAAGGUUAAGACUGACUGGAGCAGCAAGUCAACAGCCCAUGGUGGGUAGGCUGCCCACCUCCCUGUCAUUCAGCAUCUGCUUC